AUGAUCUUCGACAUCGACAGCAACGGCAGCACGCGGCGCGUGCUGACGGCGAGGGAGCCGUCGCUGGUCCUAAUCCGGCCGUCCUCUCCGACGAUAGCCCGUCGGGACACGUUCCUCCCGCCGCGCCACCGGCGGAGCUACUCCGCCUCCGAGGCGUCGUGCUGCAGCGGGAGGUUCGGGGAGCUGGCCGGUGGCACGACGGCGGAGUGCGCGGCGAUCGCCUGCUGCUGCCCCUGCGGCCUGGCGAACCUCCUCUUCCUCACAAUCUACAAGGUCCCCGUGGGGCUCUGCCGGAAGGCCCUGCGGCGGAAGCGGCGGCAGCACCUGAUGAAGAAGGGGCUCCUCCUCCCGCGCGCCCGCCGCUGCCAGUGCGGCUGCGACAACACCGAGGUCCAGAUCCACCCGAUCCACGGCGACCCGCAGUCGUUCGACCUGCAGAUGAUGAUGGGGAUGCACAUGGAGGACUUCGACGACGCCGACGACGGCGACGUCCUCAGGAAGCUCCGCUCCGGCGGCGGAGGCGGGGAGGAGAUGAUGAAGCUGGAGAAGGAGAUGUGGGAGACUUUCUACGACACCGGGUUCUGGAGGAGCCCGUCGCAGCGGGAGGAGAACGGAAUCCCCUCUGUCGCCGCCGCCGCCGCCGCAGAAGCUUCAUCCAAGCAUAAAGAAUUGUAA